AUGAGAAAGAAGAAGCCGAAGAGGAGCUCGACUUCAUUGACGGACGCAUCAUCUACCCUAGCGGCAACGGAGCAGCAGAAGCGUCCCAAGAGGAAAAGAGGACGACCCAGGAAGAUGGUGAUUGAGGACCUGACGGAAGAGACGACGGAAGACCACGCGGAGGACAGCGAAUGUAACGCUCUGAAGAAGCCCAGAGAUGAGACAGAGACAUCGGAGCAGAAGGAGGCCAUAGAGCCGUCUUCCUCAGCCACUGCCGAAGAAAGGAAGGAAACCGGGGAGGAGACCGGCCACGAGGAGAAACCACCCCGGAGCAGAGCCCGACGGAAAGGCAAACCCCAGAAGUGCACCUGA